AUUCCUAGAGCCCGGAGAGACAAGGCUCGCCCGUGGAAUAAUUGAUCCAAUCGAAACUCGUCUCGCUCCCGCCACGUUUUGUGCACUGACGCGACGCGACGCUCUUUAUGUAAGCUGACCGCGGUCGCGCGUCCCGCUGCACCGUCCGCGAAUUCCCGACCAGGAGUGCGUUCUGUAUCGAGUUCCUACGCGACGAAUCCAUUCCGCGAACAGCAGGCAUCUUCGAUUGGCCGAAGAUAGCGACCACCAACAACAAGUGUCCCGGAUAAACGAUCCCCGCUUGGCACCAACCAACCUGUUUACCAUAACUCCGUGCGAGCUCACGCGUUCACUUUUCCUCAGGGGUGGCGUAGUUUUUAUUCCAAGGGCGGUAAAACAGUUGGUCUCUGAAAGAUAGCGCGGGUAGUCCGCGACAGGACGCAUCGUCAGGCGACGCCGCUCGAUACGCUCGGUGGAGCCUGUUGAUACUCGAUGGCUAUGUAGCAUGCAAGAUGAAUGGGGCUGGUUUCAAAGUAUCGCAGGAGAAGAAGAAAUUAUGUUAAGAAGAUCGUUCGGUCGUCAGCUCGGAGGAAGGAGAAGGUUAAUCCUUGGUCAGGAUAAUAGGAGCGUUAAGUGGAAAAUCUAGUCAAGUCGGAUGACCAAGCGUGACAUCUAGUCGAGCGAGUUGGUAAUCGAAGGGAUAGAAGCAGGGGUUAAAUCCGUGGACAGAGGAAGGAGAGGGAUCCUCCUCGUCCCGACAGGACGAUGACUGUGCUCCGCGGGAAGGGUGUGGCUCGACACCGACGCGAACGCCUACGGAGAAGGAAGAACAACCGUUGGUGAUAUAGCAUGUUGCACGCUAUCGUGAAAUAGCGAGGUGGAAGACAGAGCGCAGAGAGGAGUCGAAGGUGUGCGUGCCGCCGCGCGGCGCUGUCGUCGUCGUUUGGCUUGCCACCGCGGUUGCACCGACGCCACCACCUCCACCGCCACGGCCCACCGUCGCCCCUCUCGCUACCGCUUGCCGCCCGGUUCGUUUACGUUUCUGACAGUGGCCCGAACGAGCGGUGACAGCCGAGGCGGCAGUUCCCAGUGCGCCGUCGUACUGUGCGUAUCGUGUCUGCGUGCCGUUCCUCCGAGAUCCUCUUACCGCGUGGUCGGCCAACUGUCAAACCUGACCAAAGAAUCGACUUAUCGGUUACACCCGAUAAACGGUAAACCUCUCCGAUAACCUCGCCUCCUUGUCACAAGUGUUCCUUGCAUCCGGAUCUGAUUUACUAGCAAGGAAAAAAAUAUCGACGCUUGUUUUCGUAACGUAAAAAGUGCUUCGAUGAAGUAAGAUGUGCAUUGUUUUUAAAGCUUCGAGGAUAGCGAGCAGCGGAUCGUAUCGCGUACUUUACACCGCGAACGACGCGUGCACGUAAACCCUUUGCUAUCGUGCACGCGCCCUUUUCCCCCCGAACAAGGGAACAAGCUCGAAGGAUAAGUUGUACGAACAGCUGAUCCGUUGGCACAGGUAAAAAUGACGGAAUUGGCGAAAGAAGCUUUCGCUUCGCGCAAUUAUCGUCUCGCUGUUGAGAUGUACGAGCGCAACCUGAAACACCAAACACCGACGUUCGAGAUGCUCGUUGGAUACGGAGAUUCCCUGGCAAAGUGCGGUCGUAUCAGGGAAUCGAUCGGUGUUUAUGCAAGAUGUUUAGCCGUCGGCUCCAUUCCACCGGAGAGACUGAAACACCUGGCCAAUGCUCUUCUGGACGAGUUAUCCGGCGCAGCUACCACCGCUAGCUCCAGAAGGAAAAUCGAAACAUCGUUCGCGUGCCCUGUUUGCGAGGGAACCUUGUGCCAACCGGUGACCACGAACUGCGGUCAUAUUUACUGCAAGAAUUGCGUGGAAUCGGGGAAGAAUUGUCGCGUGUGCGGGCAGAAAAUCGGCUUGGUGGGUGAGACGAAUGUGCUCGUGCAGAGACUCGUGGAAAAGUGGUGGCCACGCGAGGCGGAAGCUAGUAGGGCGAGACACGAGGGUGAUAUUCUGAUGAAGGAGGGCCACUUGGCUCAAGCUUUGGAGAGGUACAAUCUCGCGGUCCAUCUUGCGCCAAACAGCCCACUCCAUCUUAGCAACAGGGCUCAUGUCUUGCUCCUGUUGAAUAGGCCUCAAGCUUCCCUUACGGACGCUGACCAUGCUGUUAGGCUACGACCAGAUUAUGGAAAGGGUCAUUACAGGCGAGGGAUGGCUUUGUCUGCGUUGGGCAGACACGAAGAAGCGUUAUUUGCCCUUUGCAUUAGUGUGGCCAUUGACAAGAAUCCUCAAGCUGUUCGUCACGACUUAAUCAAGUAUUCUUUUGUUAAUUAUCUUCAGAUGCUGUACAAAGUGCUGUCGUCCGGUCAUCGUUGUUACAGUCUGUCAUCGCGCACCCCUUACAAUUUAACGGAAGGAGUGUCACGCGUGAGGAGUCGUCAUCAGUUGUUGAGCCUGAAGAGGAAUCGACGAGUGGCUUUGCACGGUUCAGACUGCGAGGACAAUAGCAGCGGCGGUGAAGAGGAGUACACUCAGACUGUUAGCAGGAGACUUCUAUCAACCACAGUACCACAAAACAACACGAAGUUACAGGAUGGUCUGGAUCGUCUGUAUCAAGACAUAGAAAAAUUGAAAAGACUCGAAGCAAAGCCUGCAGAAAUACUUUUUCCUCCACUUUCCGGUGGCACAGCUGGGGAAUUGGACUGUAUUCUAUGCUGUCGACUAUUAUGGAAACCCGUAACUACACCAUGUGGUCACACGUAUUGUUGGAUGUGCUUGGAUCGUUGUUUGGAUUACUCCUCCGCUUGUCCUUUAUGCGUCACGUCCCUCGCCGACUAUCUGGCCAGCAGCCAGAAGACGGUGACAGACUUCGUGGAGAGGGCUUUGAAAACCGUGGCUCCCGCGGAAUAUGCCUCCAGGGCGACCAGCCACCGAUUAGAAUUGGUCCAAGGACUAGGGCUGUUGGGAAGCGAGGAGAUCGCGGUUUUCGUUUGCACAACAGCAUUCCCCUGUGUCGCCUGUCCCUUGUUCGUCUAUGAACCAAGAUAUAGGCUGAUGGUGAGGAGAUGCGUGGAAAGCGGUGUUCGUCAAUUCGGCAUCGCGGCCUGUCUGAACAGAGAAGCAACGGGGACGAAAAGAUACGCGGAGUAUGGCACCAUGCUUGAAAUCCGGGACAGAGUCUUAUUGAAAGACGGUUGCAGUAUCCUUAGCACAGUAGGGGGAAGAAGAUUCAGAGUUCUUUCUGGGGGUGAGAGGGAUGGUUACGACACGGCUCAAGUUGAAUUCCUCAGGGACACAAUGGUACACGAAGACCAAUUGUUGAACCUCUUAGAACUGCAUGACAAGGUGAGAACGAAAGGGAGAAAAUGGUGGGACACGGUACCAUCGUCGCAGCAAACCGAAAUACAACGGGUAUUCGGUCGAAUGCCAGAGACAGAAGAAGAUUGGCCUCGUUUACCAGACGGUCCAUCGUGGACAUGGUGGUUGCUGGCCAUUCUUCCUUUGGGUCCGCAGUUGCAAGUAGGAAUUCUCGGUACAACGAGCCUGGAGAAAAGGUUGAGGGCGAUCGAGAAGACCCUCGAUCACAUGGAGCAGAGGCAACUGACAGUCGCUCCUGCACCCUCGGAGGAAACGACCACUUCCUCGAGCAUUUGUCGAGACGAGGGUGGUAUAACCGACACCCCGGUUUCCAUGGUUCAACAGACUUAAAUGGAAACGAUCGAAAAAAGAGGACGAUCCUUUCAGACCAUUUUUCUCGUGCUGAACUAAAGGGAUUUCGAUUUUCACUCGAUGUACAAAGUACUUGCAGAGUAGCUUAUCGAAGAUUACUACUUUUUACUCGAUAUUUAAUAUACACCCGGAGACCAGCGGAGGAAAACCGAUCGAUUGGGUUUUCUUAACUGCAUCGGUUUCCUAAUUUCUUUCUUAUACUUAAUCCUGUUAGUUGCGUUUUAACUCGAGUACUAUUUCUCUCUUUCUUAUUUGGUACUCGUUAAACUUACUCAGCCGAGCGCCUUAUCGAUGAAACGAUGAUGCUUUGCAAGGAUAACCGGAUAGAGAGAAAAAUGUGAUUUUUUCGUAGAAAAAUUUUAGGCGGUAUGAACGAUGUGUAUUUGAAAAUUGAUUUCACCAUACAGUCACAUCUAUCUAUAAAUUUCAGAAUUUUUAUUUUCACAGCAAAACUAAAGCAACCGGUAAUAAUGUAAUUAAUUUGUUCUUGGGUAUACCAUAACGCGAAGGUUCCCUAUAUCCCUUGCUUGUAAUUCUUCCCUCUUUUCUUCUUUUUUUCUAUUUUGUUUUUAGUGAUUUUUUAACAAUCAUGGCAUCUAUAAUGCAUUUUAUUCAAAAUCCACUGACCUUUCAGGACGAUUUUUAUAAUUUCUAGUAAUAUUACAAAUUUAUAACACCCCACGCUGUCUGUUCUCUUCUGAAUAUAACAAAAUCAAAUCCUAGAAGCAAUCAUUUACUAGUAUAUAUCUAAUUCGCGGUCAUCUACCAGUGUUCCUAUACCGUGGCAGCGGAGAGAUAGUGUGGGCUGAUUCAUAAACUUUGCAAUCAACGUUUCUAAUUUACUAAAGGUCGAGACGGCGUUUUAGGAAUGAGAUUAUGAAGAAAUUUUGAUUCAGUUGUGAAAUCUUGAAAAACUGAAUUCAUAUUUUUUAUUUUCUAAACUCUUCCAAUAUAUGAAACUUUUUCAUUUAAAAAUUAAGUUAAUAUCCUUGUAUACCCCUGGUAAUUUCGGUCACGACUGGCCCUGGUUCCCCUCUGUUCGAGGGUUAAAUAACUUUCUCGAAUAAACUUAAAUUAAUCCAAACUUAAUUCUAUCUAAAAUUUAUCUUUUUUAUUUAUUUUUAUCCAAAAAUAAAGACAAAGCAACUUAAUUUUAUAUAAAAUUAAGUUUGAACUAUGCUUAUUUCAAUGACCCCCAGUCUGAGGGUUUGAACGGCUUGAUAUUGAUUUACUGAUUUAUUGAGAUUAUUGUCAGUAUUCAAAUACACGCGUUUCAUAUUUGAUGAUCUCGACUGUCGUCGGCUAGAAUACAGAUUAUCUAUACACGACCAAAAUAGGCGAUAGAGUCACAUAUCCGAGACAAGAAGGUAUCGUUUGCCUCGGUAAGGCGUCACGGCCUUCUUCGCGCUGUUGCAAUACGCAAAUCUGUUCUUCCAGAUAUAAUAUUAUAUAUACAUAUAUCUAUAUGUAUACACACACAUUUAUGUAUACACGUACAGGAGCAUAUUAUGCGUUGCAAUCAGAGGUACGCACGUCGUCGUCGUCGUCGUCGUCGUCGUCGUCGUUACGCUUAUGUUGAUCGUAUCCGACGAUACUUUUUACCUGUCGAGACGGAUCACGCGGUUAUACAUACAUAUAAUAUACUCAUAACGAUGGUACAACCAUGAGGAACGAUGCGUUUGUCACGAGUGUGCCGAGUACAAAAGGUUUAUGGGAUAUAAAUGUAUAGAAGAUGGUUAGCUCCAUUGUGCUGGGAACACGUUUUAGCUCGUUCGAGGUCGGUGAUUUGGCAAUUCUGAUACGCAGUGAUAAGUAUUCGUUUUCAUUUCGAAAAAGAAUUAAUCAUUUGCACUGAAACGUCGUGCGAUACCUAUUAUUUUAUUUUAUUUUAUUUAGGUGAUUUCAGUAUUGGGUCCUCUUUGUUUAUUAGUCUAAUACCAAUAGUAUGAGAUUAAUAAUUAAAUUCACAAUCUUUAUAGUUUUUUUUCUUUUACAGAAUUAUUUAAUAACAAUUUUAUGACCAUAACAAUUGAAAACCAUAAAAUAAUAUCUUGACGCGUUUCAAAUUACGAAUCACCGAUGUAGAUCGAUGAAUAUAGCGAUCGAAGUAGAUCUAGAAGAUGUUAAGAGAGGAAGGAAUGUUCGAAUUUUCGCUCAGCUUUCUCAUAAUCGACCAUGAUAGUCAAAAA